AUGUCGGAGUCCCUGGGGCCCCUCUUCACCGUGGAGGGAGCGGUGGUGGAUGCACGCGGAAGGUUGAAAAAUUUAGCCUAUGUGGAAUUCAUCACCAAGUUCAACGCGGAAUCGCGCGACAGGUCGCAGCACCCGUUCCCGGCCUCUCCGGGGCUGCGUGCCGAAGAGUGCGAGUUGUCACAGCUGCGAUGCUGGGAAGAUAAGAAAGGUGCAGGGUGGGUGGCACAAGGACAAGGCAAAUCCGCUUGGUUCAGCUUGUCCUCCUGGGGCUCCUGGCGUUUAGCUCUGCUCUUGGCCAAGCUGCAGCGCGAUCUGUGGCAGAGAGGUGCGCAAGAAAAUCCCGCUGGCGAGGCAGAAGGCCCAGCGAAGAGACCGCGGAAAAGUUCGCACAGUUCGACGCCUAAGGAGGCGAAAGGUGGAGGUCGCGGCAAAGGGAGACCAAAGAAUGAGGAGACGCCGUCUACAGAGGCGCAAAAGCCCGCAGAGCAGCCAGAGAAGAAAGAUGAGAAUGCAAAGGUCCGUCGCGGCCCAGGGAGACCAAAGAAAGACACACCCAAAGAGGUGCCGUCUUCAAAAGCGCAAGGACCGCUGGAGCAAGAGCAGAAGGACAAGGAGCACAAGGAUGAAGUGAAGGUCCAUCGCGGCCCAGGGAGACCAAAGAAAGAGACACCCAAAGAGGUGCCGUUGUCUUCAGAACCACAUGGACCAACAGAAAAACCGCCAGAGCGGAAUGAUGAGGAAGACAGAGAAGACCCGAAAGCAAGUGCUCGAGCCAGGUUAGCGGCCGCUGCAGAGGAAGACCUGCCACAGCUGGUAGCCGAGGGGCUGCUGGUGAACUUGGUUCGAGCCAAGGGAUGGCAUUUGAUUUUCAACCCAAAGUGGGAGGGAGAUAGGUGGAGAAAGAUGCUGCAGGACUUGCAAUCCGGAGCUGACUUCAGCCUCGAAGAGCUGCACCAGGAAGUACGGCAGAAGCUGCGCAGGCAAGCGACUGGACAGAAGCUGGCCAAUUCCAGGCUUCAUCGCGAGCGCGCCGAGCAGCGCCGUCGCGAGCAACAGGAAUCUCAGGCGCGGCCAGCGCCGCGGCCUUCGCCGGCGCCCGAGUGGCGCGCGCCGGAACGGGUGCCAGGCUGCACUUGCGGGCGUCCCAUCCAUUCCGAGAGGUGUCGCCUCUUCCGUCCACGUAUGCGGCCUGAAGAGGAGGCCCGGUCUCGUGCCCGAAAGCCCCAAAGACCUGAAGGCCCAGCUGCGACAUGCCGCGCUGUUCCGUCCAUGACAGCGGCGCAAAGGAAGGUGUUGAAGUUGGAGAACUACAUCAAGUCGCAGCCCAAAGCAUUGCAGAAAACCUUGUGGAAACGCGCCUUGUUGAGGUACCAUCCCGACAAGGCUCUGGCGCAAAGCGAAGCGAGUGAACCCAAAAGUGCAGAGGUCUUCAUCGAGGUGAAGAGGAAAUACGACCUCUUCGUUAGCGGCUGA